AUGCCGACGAGGACCCACGUGAAGACGGCGUCGACGUGCCGCCCGCCGGAGACGGUGCAGGGCACGCACGUGUUCGACAUCCUCGGCUACAGCGAGCACCGCGGCAUCGGCGCGCACUCCUCCAUCCGGUCCGGCGUCUUCGACGUCGCCGGCUACAGCUGGGUCAUCUUCUUCUACCCCGACGGGUACGGCGAGGAGGCCGGCGGCUUCGACUUCGUCUCCGCCUACCUCCGCCUCCUCAGCACCGGCUGCGGCAAGGUGCGCGCCUCCUGCGACCUGCGCCUGGUCAACCCCGCCACGGGCGCGGCGGUCUCGGUGCACCCGUCGCUCGUCGCCGUGCGGGAGCUCGACCCCGACGGCGACGGCAGCAAGAUCUGCCACUGCAUGUGCAUCAGCCGCGGCGAGCUCGAGGGCACCUACCUGCGGGACGACCGCCUCACCAUGGAGUGCGUGGUCACCGUCAGGAAGGAGCCCCGGGUGAGCAAGUCCCGGGCGUUCCCCAGCAUCAGGGUGCCCGGCUCCAACCUCAAGCGCCAGCUCGCCGGCCUGCUGGAGAGCAGGGAGGGCGCCGACGUCGCGUUCGCCGUCGCCGGCGAGACGUUCUCCGCGCACCGGCUCGUGCUAGCCAUGCGCUCGCCGGUCUUCAAGGCGGAGCUCUGCGGCCCCAUGAGGGAGGUCGGGGCGCAGCCCAUCGUCAUCGAGGACAUGCAGCCCGACGUCUUCCGAGCCAUGCUCUACUUCAUCUACACCGACUCCAUGGAUCACAACGACGACCUCGGGAGGGAUUACCACAGCAAGAACUGCGACAUGGUCCGGCACCUGCUGGUGGCGGCGGACAGGUACGCCAUUGAGAGGCUCAAGCUGACGUGCCAGAGCAUCCUCUGCAGCAACCUUGACGUGAAGAACGUGGCGACGACGCUGGCCUUAGCCGAUCAGCAUCACUGCGACAGGUUGAAGCAGGCGUGCAUCGAGUUCAUGUGCUGUUCCAAUAAUAUGGAAGCUGUUGUGGACACACAAGGGUACAAGGAUCUCGCGACAACUUCGCCUUCUGUCUUGGCUGAUGCGAUGGUGAGGAUGAGUAAGGUCGGCAAAAAGUUGACGAAGAGAGCACUGGGAGAUGCACCUAAUAAGAGUGCCUAG